CUGCACUACAAAAGCCACGACAAUCUUUCUGGUUACUGCAUUUACACUCUGCUCUUCGGUUUCCCUUCUGUUUCAGCAAACGACAUCCUUGCUCUCUCUCUAGAAAUGGCGAGGAAACUAAUGCGCGCAGUUCAAUACGAUAAGUAUGGUGGAGGAGCUGCUGGCUUAAAGCAUGUUGAAGUUCCAGUCCCAUGUCCAAAAAAAGAUGAGGUUUUGCUAAAGUUGGAAGCAACUAGUAUAAAUCCAUUUGAUCUGAAAAUACAGAAGGGCGUGGCGCGGCCUUUUCUUCCUCCUAGAUUCCCUUACGUUCCUUGUACUGAUAUGGCAGGAGAGGUUGUAGAGGUUGGACCAGGAGUCAAAAAUUUCCAAACUGGUGACAAAGUUGUAGCAUAUCUCGGCCCUUUUAAUGGAGGUGGACUAGGUGAUUUUGCUGUGGCGAAGGAGAGCUCGACAGCUGCUAGGCCACCUGAAGUUUCAGCAGCUGAAGGGUCAACCUUACCUAUUGCUGGUGUCACAGCCUACCAGGCUCUUACUCAGUCUGCUGGGAUCAAGCUUGAUAAAAGUGGCAAGCACGCAAACAUUCUGGUAACUGCUGCCUCAGGUGGAGUGGGUCACUUUGCAGUUCAGCUAGCGAAGCUUGGGAACACAUAUGUGACAGCCACUUGUGGAGCACGCAACAUUGAAUUUGUAAAGAGUUUAGGGGCUGAUGAGGUUCUCGAUUACAGGACUCCAGAGGGGGCAGCUCUGAAGAGCCCAUCUGGUCGGAAGUAUGAUGCAGUUAUCCACUGUACCACAGGGAUUCCCUGGAGUACCUUCGAGCGUAAUUUGAGCGAGAAUGGGAAGGUGGUAGAUCUCACCCCUAAUGCUACUGCCAUGAUGACUUCUGCUCUUAAGAAACUUACCUUCUCGAGGAAGCAGCUAGUGCCACUGCUUGCAACGCCCAAAGCUGAGAACCUGGAGGUUCUUCUUAAACUGGUGAAGGAAGGGAAGGUUAAGGCAGUUAUCGACUCGAAACAUCCCUUCAACACGGCUGAAGAUGCUUGGGCCAAGCUUGCUGACGGCCAGGCUACUGGGAAGAUUGUUGUGGAGCCUUGCAUAUAAAACAAUUACAAAUAUUGUCAUAUUGUUUGCUACUGGGAAGGUGACUGUAUAGUAACAGUAUUAGAAUAAUUAAGCAUCUUUCUCUUUUCCCUUCAUGUUCA